CUCAGCUUUCAGUGACUUCGGAAAACUGUUUGCAUACCAAUCUCCCCUCAACACUGCACGCGUCUCUAAAUUGGGAUCGCAGACCUCGGAGCGGUGGAUUUUAUUAGCUGGACGCUACUGGGCACAGUUCACCUCCGAGGACGACCACAGUGAUCGGCAAUUCUUCAGUCAAUUAUAGAAUUAUUACCUCCAGCACUCCCAGGCUGCUCAAAUCGACUGAGUAGAGACAUUUUCCCAGGGAAACCGUACGGAUUGUCACAGACGGAGGUUUGGGAACUGAGCUGCGCUUGGAGCCCAUGAAAACAGGAGCGGAGAGAAAAGCUAGAGAAGUCAUCAGCUUCACCUGAACAAAGAAGCACAAGCAGAUACACAUGGGGCAGGGAGAGGCUUCAGCACGGGGGACGACCAUGGAGGGGGACUGUCUCAGCUGCAUCAAGUACCUCAUGUUUGUCUUCAAUUUCCUCAUCUUUCUGGGGGGCUCUUUCCUCCUGGGAGUGGGAGUGUGGGUCCUGGUGGACCCCACAGGCUUCAGGGAAAUAGUAGCAGCAAACCCCCUGCUGUUCACCGGGGUCUACAUCAUCCUGGGCAUGGGAGGCAUGCUCUUCCUCUUGGGCUUCCUGGGCUGCUGCGGAGCCAUCCGUGAAAACAAGUGUCUGCUCCUCUUUUUCUUUAUGCUCAUCCUCCUCAUCUUCUUAGCAGAGCUGGCUGCUGCCAUCCUGGCCUUCAUAUUCCGGGAGCAUCUGACCAGAGAGUACUUCACCAAGGAGCUGAAGAGACACUACCAGGGCUACAACAACACUGACGUCUUCACCUCCACAUGGAACGCCAUCAUGACUACAUUCGACUGCUGUGGGGUGAACAGCCCAGAAGAUUUUAAGGACAGUCUGUUCAGGCAGCUCAACCGGAAUCAUGUGGUACCAGAAGCCUGCUGCCAGCGUGCCAGUCAGGCUGGGGAGGCGGCCUAUAUCACCCAGGAGCAGUGCCUAUCAGGAAAUAUGAUGUUCCGCAAUAACAAGGGCUGUUACUCUGCAGUCGUUGACUACUUUGAACUGUACAUCUAUGUGGCUGGAGCGCUGGCCAUUGUGGUGCUAACCAUUGAGCUCUUCGCCAUGGUCUUUGCAAUGUGUCUCUUCAGGGGAAUCCAGUAGAGCUGCUCCACCUGUGAACUUCUUUUUUUUUUAAAGGGAAUUCAGGAGAGAAGAAACAAAAAUGGACACUUGUAAAUUUGUUGAUCUCUUUUUCUAUUGGCAAAUUGGUAGAACAACAAACUCAGACUCUUGUACUUCACAGCUGGACUUUUGAGGUACUGGGUGGCAAAAAAAAAUAACACACACACACACAUAUAAACCUUAGAAAAUGUGGGAGAUCAGAAACAAAACUGAUGUUAAACGAUUUUUGUGUAAAGUGGAAUCAGUAAUUUUCCCGACCAGGUCUGGCACAGACUGGGCGCAAAGAAGACGAGCAUGAGGACCAGGUGAAGCCUGAGCAGAAGGCACUGCACUGACUUUUGGAUGAAGAAUAUUUAUAUUAAGUAAAGUUGGCUUAACUGUAAAAAUGUGUUUAAUGUACACUUUGGCUGUUACCCUUGACCUUUCAUACUGUAAACUGUAACACACUCCCUCCCUCCAUAUGCCUUUUUUUUUUACAGCCACUCUUCUUCAAUGCUGUAUUAUAAAAGCUCUGCGUGUGUGCGUGCUUGUGUGUGCGUGUGUGUGUGUACAUACUUGAUGCUCUUUUUGAAUGUGUAUGGACUAGAUUGUGAGCAUGAGGCUCUUCAUGACCCUUCCCAAGCUUGAAAGCCAACCUCUGGUUCUUUUUCUAUUUGUAUGGUGAUGUUUAUUGCAGUAGUGGUUCCAUGUGGUUUUAGGUGGUGAAAUGUAUGUGUAUGCAUUUGUAUUAGAUUCUUGAACAAGUUGACAACAUAAAUGGCAUUCUACAAGACUGAA